GCUACCAAUUUUCGCUACAAACAGGGAUAUGGUCACAAGGGAAAGAAUGGCAAAAGGGGUCAUCAGGCUGAGGAACGUUUGGUGAAGCAGCAUAGGAGCUCAGUUGAGGCACCUAAAAGUUCAAGCCUUCAGUUGGCUGUGUCUGGUAGUGGUUUAGAUGUUGGAUGCGUUUUUGGGCUCUACCUUGGAAGACUUAGUGGUCUCGGAUGGUCAACUUGUGGAUGGAGUGUCAGUUCCUGCAGGGGUUUCUGAUAUGAGGGUUCGCAAAAAUUUAUUCCCAGGGACAGUGGUGGCAAGUGAUUCUGAUAUAAUCAAUAUGGAGCUGAUGCAGCAGGAGGUGACUUUUACGGAGGUUUUGGGUGACUUCCUGGCUCAAGAUUUCCCUCCUAAGGAGGGUCAAUCGCUAGCUUUUCUGGGCGCAAUCCCGGAGGAGAGGGGUACUGAAACAGAGGUAUCCCCACAGGGGGAAGCAGAGGCAGAGGGGGAAGAAGAAGCAGAGGGAACGGAGGACUUUCUGGUAGAGGAGGAGGCUAAUGUUGAGGAUCUCUCUGAUCAGGGGCUUGCGGAGGAUAUUUCCAAGGACACACUCCCAAGUGAUGAGACUGGUGGUACGUUUCCACCACCGCGGUCUAAAGUGGUCAAGGGUAAGGGGUUUCUUCAAGGGGUGAGUACCAAGAAGCGGAACAUGGUCACUAUGGCGUCGCCUCGUAAGAAGGUUGUUACUAAGGGUGCAGGUCUGAUGGGUAAGGUGGGUUCUUCUCACCAGGGAGGGAAGCCUCCGAGUAAUGCGGCUGCCUAAUGCAAGUUAUAAGCAAGUGUGGGCAAGGGUGUGGGUUCUCCUCCCAUCUUACAAGGAGAGGGUCUUAUAUUUGGCAGCAGUCUUUGUUUUUUUUUACCUUAGGUUCUUUCGCUUUGCACAAUUUUCUGCUUUUGAAUAAUUUACCAUCGGUUGUUCUGUAUGGUUUUCGUUGUUGUUUGCUUCUUUUUCCCUUCGUUGGUUAUGAUUAUCUGGGUUUGGAUAAUUGUGGUUGUAUUCAUUUUGUUCGUGUCUUAAUAAA